AGUUACUAACAAUACUCUACAAUGUCACUAGAAAGUCGGUGUUGAGAAUUAUAAGAAUAGAAACUACGCGCAGAUGUAAAUUCACAGAUAACAUGCACGCCAGUCUACUAUUGCAACAUGAUCCGGGUCAUAUGGUCAGCGAUUUAUAUAAUAAAAUCGAAUAGUCCACUCUGAUUGGCUAACAUUUGCGUUUGUAGACACAUUUUCGUUAACGCCACAACAAAAGUGCACUUUCCGGUCGGCUAAUCCGACCAUGAACUAUCGCUGGUCACAGGUCAAUCUGCGUACUAUUGAUGUUAUGAUUACGGUCUUCCGAUAAAGUUUUCACUAACCAAAUGAUUGAAAAUGGAUGGCCUAUGGAACAAUUUAAAACAUCGCUUCUCACAAACUUUGUCGCCUCCUGAGGGGCUGAAAGCUAAGCAAAGUACAAAGAUCGAAGUCAAAUACCAGCACAUUCCAGAUGUCGAAGAAAGGAGCGACAAUUCAAAAGACGAUCUUUUCAAAUCUCGCUUAAUCGACGAAGUUCUGGAUGAUAUAGGACUGAGGCUUCUUCAUUGGAAAGUGUUUGCAUUUAUUUGCAUUCUUGUUAUGACGUCCGCGCUGGGAACAGCCAUAUUAUCCGCUAUACUUCCGAGUUUGAAACCAGACUGGAAUAUCUCUGCAAUUAUGGCUGGCGUAUUGACACUCUCCGCAUCAACCGGAAAGAUCACGGGGACAAUAUUUUGGGGUUGGGUGUCGGACAAAUACGGUAGAAAGCGUACAUUCAUUGGCGGUUUAACGAUCGUACUUGUAUCCGCGUUUGUGAGCGCAUUUUCAACGAAUUACUACUGGCUGUGGAUAAGCCUUUUCUUUGUCGGAUUCGGAGCGACUAUUACGUUUCAAAUUUAUGUUAUCAUCGUGGAAUUAUUCCCUACAAGAUACCGUUCUAUGUUUUCUGUAUUAACUACAAUCUUCUGGACUUUAGGAUUUCUACUUUCGGCUGUUAUUUCAAUGGAGCUUUCGGUGAUUGGUUAUCAUUGGGCUCUGGCUACCGUGUGCUUUCCGGCUGCAAUUUUGCUUAUUAGUAUCGUAUUUCUUCCAGAAUCACCACAUUUUUACCUUGCAGCCGGGGACGAGCAGAAAGCUUUGGACAUCCUACAAGAUUUAGCACCUGAAAUGGAUUUCAGCGACACAAGACUUCGUAAACACGGUCCUGAGACACAGAGGGCAGAUUUCACACAACUAUUUCGAUCAGGUUAUUGGAAGAUCACAAUAUGCGCCUUUAUCAUGUUUUUUAUCACCUACCUUUCUCAUUAUGAUUUGAUAUACACGACCUCUGACGUGGCGGGCAGUCAAAAUUAUACACCUUUGACAACUGGCUUGCGAAACAAGAAAAUGGCAAGUCGUUAUAUGUAUUCUAUCAUGGCCUGGAUGAAUUUGCCUGAAUUUGUGAUUAUUUUCACCGCUGGUUUAGUUUGUUAUCUUUUUACCGUGAAAAGAAUACUCUUAACUGUUAUGUUGUUGACACUCGUUUCACAGGCCAUCGCUUUGUUCCUCGUAAACCAGCGAAUUCCAUUACUCAUGGUCACAAUGAUAUCUCGAAGCCUUCUUGCAACAGACACAACUCUCUUGUUACUCUUUGUAUCGCUGGUUUACCCGCCAGAGAUUCGUAGCAUUGGAGCAGGAACUUGUGCUUCUGCUGGUCGUAUCGGAAUAAUUUUAGGACCGUUCAUCUUUGAGACAUGGUUUGCCAAAGAGUAUUUUUAUGGAAUUGUAUUUAACGUUGUGAUAUUAUCAGUAGCAUUGAUAGCGACUGUCUUGCUGCCGUUGCAUAGCGGGAAGAACUAGCUGCCUACUAUAUAUGGUUUAUUCCGGUUUCAAAUUUAUUCUGUAGUUCUUAUAACUAAACAUAAUCAGAAAAUUUCCACUAUAUAGUUUCAUAAAGAAUAACAAAAAAUAUAGUCGAUUAAAUACAGCAGGAUCGUUUCUUUCCGCAAACUUUCUGAGCGCUGAUUGGCUACAAUAUGAGCACGUGAUCACCUGGAGUCGGUUGUCUGAAAAGCUGGGUAGCGCUGUACACUGGAAAGUGGGUUUUCCAGUCGCUUUUCAAUUGGCCGUUGUUCGGUAUAACCAACUCGGCAGAAAUUGGGGUUUAUGAAGUCUCAACUCGAAAAUCUAAUUUCAUAUCGCAUUUCUCUAUCGCAAU